AUGUCGCAGAACGCAAGCAAAGCGCCAGUGGUAGUACCCACUGAAGCAGACGACAACCACGUCGUGGUCAAGCUCGGUAUGUCCAAAACAAGUAUCAUGCGUCGACUGACAGCACAUGAAGGUAAGUUCCCCGGUGCGGAACGUCUGGCUGUUAUAUACAUGCCCGCUGAACUGGCUUACAAGGCCGAGAAGGCAGUCAAGGACUUUUUCCACGAGCUCCACGACGCGAAGCCAUUCAUGUACGAGGGACAGACGGAAGUGUUUUCCCUUCCGCGCGAAAAGCUUCAGAGUAUAGUGGGGCACUUUACCGACAUUGCUAAGGAAGUUGGGAGCGUGAAUGUGAAACACAGUUUGUCUCAUACCAUCGAGACUCUAAAGCUGAACCUCGAGCACACAUCGGAUAUUAUGAAAACUCUGGAAGCAGAGAAUGUCGUGAUAAAAGACGAGAAGGUCAUCUUGAAGGAGGAGAACGCGCGUUUGUCACAUCGCUUGAACUUGAUCUCUGAACGUCGUGACGACGAUCAAUACAAGCACGCUGAAGAAUUGAGAGAGAUCAGAACCAAACUUGAUCUGGCCAACGUGCAAAUUAUGAAGCUUGGUAUGUCAGCACCAAUGCGUAAACGCCUCAAACUGGACGAUUAG